AUGGGACUACUCACUAGUGGAGCUCCGUUAAAUUGGAGUGAAACAAAGAAGCACGCGCGAUAUAUACAAGAACAAGGAAUCAAACAAUUUCUUUAUUUGUAUAACAAGCUUCAUUCGCGAUUGAAAAAGAAACUGAAGUUCGGAGACGAGAUAGAGUACACGCUCAUCAGAUUUGAUCCUCAUUCUGGGAAUGCCCAACUGUUACUCGCCGCCUCUGAUUUACUGCAUAAAUUACCUUCGCUGGAGGAGAAUGGCGAACUAAGCCUCGUUUGCUUUGCAACCGUUUUUCCAAAUUUUUACAGACCUAUUAUAUGGCAGCCGGAAUAUGCUGAAUAUAUGAUCGAGGGUCUUCCUGGAAGUCCUUUUGGGCAAUUGUUACACUCGUUCAAUACGGUGGAACCAAGUAUGCGCAAAAGAAGAGAACAAUUGGAAAGUCAUCUUCCCAAAGGUUGCUAUGCCCUGACGCUUAGCGUUUUUCCCCGGCUCGGUUGUCCAGAUUUUUCCUAUCCUUCUUUUGUGCCCACACCUCAUGAGGGUGCAUCCCGAAGCUUGUUCUUUCCGGAUCAAGCCAUUACUCAAGGUCACCCACGAUUUACAACCCUGACUCGGAAUAUUCGUGAGCGACGCGGAUCCAAAGUGGCCAUCAAUCCUCCAAUUUAUCCGGAUGUUAAUACACCGAAGCCGUUUGUGGAAGAUUUUUCUCAUUUACCAGGUGGAACUGACCCGUUUUCUAUCCGUGAUGCCAAACCAGACCAUGUGUAUCUGGAUGCAAUGGGAUUCGGCAUGGGUUGUUCCUGCUUACAGAUGACAUUCCAGGCCUGUUGUAUUGAAGAAGCCCGUAUUUUGUACGAUCAACUAGCAACGAUUUGUCCGAUCGUUAUGGCCCUGAGUGCCGCAUCACCGGCUAUUCGUGGUUAUCUAUUGGAUACGGACUGCCGUUGGGGUCUCAUUUCCGCUUCUGUGGAUGAUAGAACAGAGGAAGAGAGAGGUCUUAAACCUCUCGGGGGAAAUAAAUUCGUUCUUCCCAAGUCGCGAUACGAUUCCAUCUCUUCCUAUCUGUCACCCAUGGGUGAAGCCUACAACGAUCUUCCGCUGGUGUAUGAUCAAGAAUUUUUUCAGGAACUCAUAGAUGGCGGUAAGUUUUUGUUCAUACUUCCGCAUGUCUAUAUCAUUGCGCCGCAUAUGGGAAAACUGAGGAUUAAUCCAAACAUAUGCUUCUAUUUUUACACUACUUUAUCUCGCGGUAGAAUGCCACGGUUUCUUGGAUCCAAUAUUCAUGAGGUGUUUUGGGAAUAUGGUACAAGAUGA